CCGCCUUUGGCGCGCGCGACUCGAUUGCGAACGACGCUCUGUCAACGCACUCGACGCCAUCGACAUUCUCCCUAGCUAGCUCUCUCCGGGUGCCCUAUUUUUAGCAUUAGCUAACGCUCCUCCCGUCCAAUAAACUUUUCCCUAGCUUACUGUUGUGUCUUCUAUCCAUUAUUUUUGGUUGGCCGUCUAGUCGCGUACCGGAUAUAUAGCGCACGAUCAACGCGCUAUAAUUGGUGACCCCGAAAAAAAACUAUUUUUGGUGAGUUCGGUACUAAUAUUUUUUUUCAGAUCCGGUUAUUUAUUCUGUCUACCUUUCUACUUUUUCUCUUUACUAUUUGUGUUCACAUUCACACGCUCCGGAAUUAUUUCACCAUGAAGGUCAUUCGCCCAGAUUCUGACGAUCAGGUUUGUGGGUUCCGUUUCCCUCUCCCGCCUUUCCGAGAGACUAACCCUAAGGCCUGGUUUAACCAGCUAGAGUCCAUUUUUUCGUUACAUGGCGUUAACUCUGACAGCGUCAAAUUUCACUGCGUUGUCGCCGCGCUUCCCCCGCAAGUCGUCGAUGACCUCGACGACAUCUUGGAACUUCCGGAACAUCAGAAAAGUUACGAUGAGCUUAAGGCCGUCGUCUUAAAGCGAUUUGGCAUAUCAGACCAUGCUCGCGUCACGCAGCUUCUUAAUGAAACCGAGCUAGGGGAUCGAAAGCCUUCGCAGUUGCUGCACAAGAUGCAAGCUCUAGCUAAGCCUCUCGCUGUUGGCGACUCUUUCCUUAAAGAGAUGUGGCUUCGUUGCCUGCCACGUGACAUGCGCAAUCCCUUGUAUGCAAACGAUGCGCCUCUUCCUCAGCUCGCCGAUAUUGCCGACCGUAUUUGGGAAUCCAACGCCCAAAUAUCUCAGGUUCAGUCUACCUCCAGUACAGAGGUAGCAGAACUAAGAGCGCAAGUAUCCGCAUUGACCAACCGACUAGAGAAGCUAACACAAUCCGGAUCCAACCGCCGAAAUCGUCCCAGUAGUCGCAGUCCUCCUAGAUCACGUUCGAAAUCUCCCCCUAGGUCAAGCUAUUGCUGGUACCACGAGCGAUUUGGUCAUCAGGCCAGAUCGUGUCGCCCACCUUGUUCUUUCAAGCGCAACAUGCAGGGAAACGGGUAGGCCAGCACGUAGGGGCGACGGACGUUGCUGGCUGCCCCAGUCGCCUUUUCUUUGUCACCGAUCGCAGUACGGGAGUACGCUAUCUCGUUGACACCGGCGCAGAAGUCAGCGUUAUCCCACGUGAUUCUAAUGACGUUAUCGAAGAGGCGACCGGUUCUUUGCGCGCUGCAAACGGCACCACCAUUCGCGUGUAUGGUCAACGCUCGCGC